AGAAGAGUCUUAUUUGGGGUUUUUCUUAGGAUUAAGCUCUAAUGGCAAAUGAAGUAAACGAGCGGACUUUAGAGGAGACCUCUACGUGGGCAGUAGCUGUUGUUUGCUUCGUCUUACUCUUUAUUUCGAUUGUCCUCGAACAUUCGAUUCACAAAAUUGGAACCUGGUUUAAAAAGAAGCAUAAGCAUGCUCUUUUUGAAGCUCUUGAAAAGGUCAAAGCAGAGCUUAUGCUGUUGGGAUUCAUAUCACUACUGCUCACAGUUGGACAAACACCAAUCUCAAAAAUCUGCAUCCCCCAGCAUGUUGCAGAUACAAUGCACCCUUGCAGUGCCGCUGCAGAAGCUGAAAAAUACGCCAAGAAAGACACCGGAAAGAAAGAAGAUGGAGAUGGAGAUAAACCCGGUCGAAGACUUCUUCUUGAGUUAGCUGACUCUUAUAUCCAUAGAAGAAGUUUAGCCACCAAAGGUUAUGACAAAUGCGCCAAUAAGGGGAAAGUGGCUUUUGUAUCUGCUUAUGGAAUCCACCAGCUGCAUAUAUUCAUCUUCGUGCUCGCGGUUGUUCAUGUUAUAUACUGCAUUGUUACUUAUGCUUUCGGAAAGAUCAAGAUGAGAAGGUGGAAGUCGUGGGAGGAGGAGACAAAGACAAUAGAGUAUCAGUAUUCCAACGAUCCUGAGAGGUUUAGGUUUGCGAGGGACACAUCUUUUGGGAGAAGACAUCUCAAUUUCUGGAGCAAGACGAGUGUUACACUAUGGACUGUGUGUUUUUUCAGACAGUUCUUUGGAUCUGUCACCAAAGUUGAUUACUUUGCACUAAGACAUGGUUUCAUCAUGGCGCAUUUUGCUCCCGGUAACGAAUCAAGUUACGAUUUCCGCAAGUAUAUUCAGAGAUCAUUAGAGAAAGACUUCAAAACCGUUGUUGAAAUCAGUCCGGUUAUCUGGUUUGUCGCUGUGCUAUUCCUCUUGACCAAUUCACAUGGAUUACGUUCUUACCUCUGGUUACCAUUCAUUCCACUAGUCGUAAUUCUAAUAGUUGGAACAAAGCUUGAAGUCAUAAUAACAAAAUUGGGUCUAAGAAUCCAAGAGAAAGGUGAUGUGGUGAGAGGGGCCCCAGUGGUUCAGCCUGGUGAUGACCUCUUCUGGUUUGGCAAGCCACGGUUCAUUCUUUUCCUUAUCCACUUGGUCCUUUUUACGAAUGCAUUUCAACUUGCCUUCUUUGCCUGGAGUACGUAUGAAUUCAAUCUCAAUAAUUGUUUCCAUGAAAGCACUGCAGAUGUGGUCAUUAGACUUGUAGUUGGAGCUGUUGUACAGAUACUUUGCAGCUAUGUGACUCUUCCACUCUAUGCACUUGUUACUCAGAUGGGUUCUAAAAUGAAGCCAACAGUAUUCAACGAUAGAGUAGCCACGGCAUUAAAGAAGUGGCAUCGCACUGCAAAGAGCGAGACUAAACACGGAAGACACUCGGAAUCCAACACACCUUUCUCUAGCCGUCCAACCACACCAACACAUGGCUCAUCUCCAAUCCAUCUCCUUCACAAUUUCAAUAACCGGAGCGUUGAAAGUUACCCGAAUUCUCCUUCUCCUAGACACUCUGGUCAUGGUCAUCAUGAACACCACUUUUGGGAUCCUGAGUCCCAACACCAAGAAGCUGAAACUUCCACACAUCAUUCUCUUGCGCAUGAAAGCUCAGAAAAGAAGCCUGUUCUUGCAUCUGUGGAACUUCCUCCUAUAAGGACUAGCAAAAGCUUAAAAGAUUUUUCUUUUAAGAAAUGAUGAUUCUUGAAUUUGUAUUUGGU